UAGCUUUUUUUGUUGAAAAAUUAUCAUCAUGGCUUUAAGACUGAUAAAACCGGAAGAUUUUAAUGAUUAUUCUGGCCGUAAAAAUAUCAAUGAUAUUCUUGUCGAAGAUAUGUUAAUGGAAAUAUUUCAUUAUUUUUCAUUACGUGAUAUAUUUCCAAUGCGUAGAGUUUGUCGAUAUUGGUAUGAAUUAAUCAACAAGAAUUUAUUAAAAAAUCGUAAAGAAUUAAUCAUAUGUUUAGUUUCAUAUUCAACAAAUAAAUAUUUUAAACGUGAAGAUAUACAUGAAUGUUAUUAUGUUAAAAAUUUUAUCAAAUUAAUACCAUUAGCACCGUAUCAUGAAAAUCUACAAAUAUUAAAAGUAUUCAAUUUUAUGAUUGGUGAUUGGUUUCAAACAAAUUUUCUUAUUCACAUCAAACAAUUACGUUCGCUUACAAUAGCCGAAUGUACAUUGUCAACAACAUCAUUUUUUCGUUCAUUAAAAUAUCUUACAAAAUUAGAAUUAAUCAAUAUGGGUAUUGAUGAUGAAAUUGUUCGACAAAUUACAUUCUAUCUACCACAAUUAGUAUAUCUAAAUCUAUCGAAAAAUUCAUUGAUAAGUGGAAAAUAUAUGGAUCGUUUACCGGUGACAAUGAAAGUUUUAAUACUUACAUUUUGUUCCUUAGAUAUUCAUAAUCUUUAUGAAUGUAUUGAAAGUUUAUCGAAAAAAGGCUGUCAACUUGAAGUAUUGAAUUUGAAAUACAAUUAUAUUGGUGAAGAUUAUGAUAAUACUUUUUCGAAAUAUCUUAAACAUUUAAAAGAGAUAAAAUUCUCAACCAAACAUAUUGUAAAAGAUUCAACAAAUGAAACAUUUGAAAAUUUAGAAAAACUUGUCAUUUUCGAAAUGUUUGGUCGUGGAAAUGAACCGCUUGUUUCAGAUUCAUUUUUUCAAUCAUUUUUCUGUGUUCCAUUUAUACGAUUAAAAAAAUUACAUCUAACAUCAUUAACAUCAAAAAUAAGUGAUGAAAUUUUUGCCCAUUGUUUAACAAUGUGUGAAAAUAUUGAAAGUUUAAAACUAAUAUCUAUUUGUACAUUAACAAAUCAAUCAUUAAGAUUAAUAAGUAAUUUAAAAUUGUUAAAAUUUUUAAAAUUAGAUAAAAUUCAAAUCGAUACGGAUACUGCAAUGAAAAUUAUUCAACAAUGUUCAAAUCUUCAUACAAUUAUCAUUGAUUUUAAUGAUACCAACAAUGGUGGUCCUUCAAAUUCAGCAUUCGGUCUUAAUGAACGAUUUAUAUUUGAUUGUAUUAAAUUUUUUCAACAACAUUCUGAACGUAAACUAAAUAUUCAUAUAUUUCGUUCAUUAAUGCCAAUCAAUCAUAAACAAUUAACUUGUAUACCGAAUAAUUUAAAUAUACAGAUAUUAAAAUCAAAAUAUAUACUACAUGGUCCACCAAUGUAUGAUGAUCAUAUUGAUUUAGGUGUUCAUUAUUGA